AACUUACUUCCACCCUGGCUGGACAUCUUUAGAUCCCCUGCGGUGUGGGCUAUUGUUGCUGCUCAUUUUGCUGAGAACUGGGGAUUCUACACUUGGCUCACAGAGCUUCCCAGCUUCAUGAAGUAUGCUCUGAAUUUUGACAUACAAAAUGCUGGAUAUCUAGCAGCCCUGCCCUAUGCUGUGAUGGGUCUGGUGGUGAUGACCUGUGGUUUCCUAGCAGACUCCCUUUUGGCACACUGCCAGCUAUCAGUUGUUGCUGUCAGGAAAAUGUUUACAUGUGGAGCCUUCCUGAGCCAGCUGGUGUUUAUGGUAGCAGCUGGAUAUCUGAUGACCCCGGUAGCGGCCGUUGUUUGUGUGACCAUUGCUGUGGGGCUGGGGGGCUUUGCCUGGGGAGGAUUCAGUGUCAACCAUCUAGAUAUUGCUCCACAGUAUGCCAGUAUUUUAAUGGGAAUAUCCAACACAUUUGCCACGAUUCCUGGAAUAGUCAGCCCUGGACUAACUGGUGUGAUAGUCAGCAAUCAGCAUGACAAGAGUGAAUGGCAGAUUGUGUUUUACCUAGCGGCAGGAAUCUACCUAGCAGGGGGUGUUAUAUAUGGACUGCUGGCCUCGGGCCACAGACAAGAGUGGGCGGAGGUUCCCACGGGGUACAUGUCACAAGUGGACGAAAAUAUCAAAGAUGAUCUAUGAUGUGAGAAUAACUAUAUAAAAUAAAUCACCAGAGAGGAGGAGAAAGGACGCCAAAGAGGAGGGGAAUGGGUGUUCAGUGUUUACCUCAGGAUCUCUGAAAUUAUGUCUAAAAAACUUAAUAAAUGUGCAAUAGAUUGAGCUUUAGUGAGAAAGUAGUUUAUCUGUUGUAGAUCUGUAUUUUAAUUGAUAUGGUAGUAAAUGUUUGGUAAACUUUUUUCUCAGCUAGUUUUAUAAAAGAAAAACUUCCUGCUUAAUUGAUAUCAUAGUUCUAGUAAUCAAUACAAUAACU